UUCCAUGAGUGAGUCAGGCGCUCGAGCUCGGCGCGAUGUUUAUAACAUUACUUGGGGCCUGUAUACUAUUUUGGGAUCGGACUAAAUGUUUUUGUGCUCAUGACUUAACCAUUAGGUAUCCCCUCGCGUAGCAGACGAGUGCACGGAAGAUUUCUAGUGAUUUCCAGAGGGUUUUCCUCGGAAUAUAAUUUGUUUUGAUGAUAAAUAAAACCUGUAUUAGCUAGUGGUCAAGUUAUCGUGGCUAUUAUCAGUGGGUAGUGAGCACUCAGCAUUGUGAGGUAUUUAGAAGCGAAGCAAGAGAAGCAAGCCCCUACUAUUGUAUUUUUAUCUAGUCUUAAAGUUUCUACUCGAUAUAGAAUAUUGUUGUACUUAAAUAUACCUAUUGUAUUUGAACUGUGAUAAACUUUUGGACUGUGCAAUUUUAUACUAGAGGAACUGAGUUAGUUUGGCCAAAGAUAUGUUAUAAGCACCCACUGAAGAUGGCGAUACCACCGCAACAGUUCUGCGUGAGAUGGAACUCCUACCACACAAACUUGCAGGCGGUGUUCCCGCGCCUGCUGCUGACGGAGCAGUUCGCGGACGUGACGCUGGCGUGCGAGGCGCGGCAGCUGCGGUGCCACAAGCUGGUGCUGUCCGCCUGCUCCGCCUACCUCGAGCGCCUGUUGCUGAACAACCCCUGCGACCACCCCAUCGUACUCAUGCGGGACAUGAGGUUUAGCGAGAUGCAGGCGCUGGUGGACUUCAUGUACAAGGGCGAGGUGAACGUGACGCAGGAGGAGCUACCCAGCCUGCUCAAGUCCGCCGAGGCGCUGCAGAUCAGAGGUCUAUGCUCGAGCGAGCCCGGCGGUCUGCCGUCCGAGGUGAAGACGGAGCAGAAGGACUUUGCCCUCGCCAGCGACGCGCUCGUCGCGCACGCACACAACGACGUACAAAACCAAAGCCAGCCGAAACCGAUAACGACAAGCACAGUGACGAACGGACCCAAGAAGCGCAAGUCGGAGGAGCGGGACAGGGAGAGAGAGAGGGAGCGAGCGCACGAGGUGAAGGAGGAGACGGUGGAGGAGGACGGGCUGUACUACGGCGAGCUCGACCACGACCAGCUGGAGUACCACGAGGACGAGGAGAACGGCAAACCCGGCAGCAGUUUAGGACAGACUUCGGGUCGGAGAGCGGCAUUUCUCCGCGUGAAACCCGAGAGCGAGCUCUUCUUCCAGAACAAGCUGCAGAGCCUCGCGAACUCGGAGUACAUGAGCCGGCUGGCCGGCAUGAACGCCGCCGAGAUCCAGCACGAGUUCUCCAAGUACGGCCUCACCGACAUGGCCGACGACAUCAAGAACGAGAACGACUACUACAAGUCCUGGCUCGAGCAGAACGGCGAGCUGGAGGUCUCCCUCCUCAAGGGCGGCCAAGCCAAAAAAGCAAAAGACAUCAAGAGCCAAAGAUCGGAAGUCGAGCUCAUCCCCCGCCCCAAAGACCCUACCAAAGACAUUUUCCCCAAAAUCGGGGAAAAAACGCGCCGACGCGGCCGACCCCCCAUAUUCAAGGACAAGAACGUAGACAUCGGUGAGACGGUCCUAAAGGCAGACCUGGACCAGUUCCUGGAGGGGAAGGAGGUGAGCUCUUCGGGGCUGUCGCGCAAGGACUUGGAGCGCGUCAUGAUGGGCAAGUUCAACCCUAACCGCCGCUACUCCAACGAGGCCAUGUGGGCCGCGCUCAUGGACGUCAAGAAGGGCGGCAGCAUCUACAGGGCGGCGCAGACGCACAAGGUGCCGCGCAAGUCUCUCCGCAACUGGAUGAAGAGGUGCCACAUCAAGUCAUCGUUCCCCAUGCCGCAGCAGCUCAAGCAGUUCGUGGAGAACAGCAAGCGGCAGCGGGAGGUGCCGGAGCCGGACCCCGCGCCGGACCGGACGGACUACGGCGAGGACUUCGGCAAACACUUCCUGUUCGCCGCGCACGGCUCCAGCGAGGACGAGGCGGGGGGCGAGGGCGUCGCCGACUGCCAGGGCGACGGGGAGCCCCCGGCCGCGCCCCCCGCCGGCCCGCCCGCCGCGCUAGAUAUGUCUCUGCAUCAGUGAGCGAGCUGGCGACUCUGACUCAUCGAUCAGCCCUAGAUGUAAACGUCUUCGACUGGCUCGAUCGGUCGUUCCGGCUAUGACGUUGUCCUAUUAUAGUUAAAUAUUUCUUCGUCUUGAAUCGUUGCUGGUGUACGAGGGAACAAAACACGAAAGUGCCGACGCGACUAUCGGAGUCGUCGGCGGCCAACCGCAGGCCGCCGACGACUGGAGUGCUAGGUUAGAGUAUGAAUCGUCCAAAAAUUUAAGCUUAUAAAUUAUUAUAUAUUUAAUAUUAGGUAACGUGCAGUUUUGCAAGUAAGUGCUUUCUACGACUAAAGUAUUCAUUUUUAAACUUAAGACAAAAUUUAAUGAUACGCAAAAAGUAUAUUUUAAUUUAUAAUUAAGAAUUAUAAAUAUUACGGUUACACAAAUCGACUUACGACUUACGAAACGUAUUUUUUACUACUAUGUUUAACGUUUCGGGAAAUUCGCCUCGACAUGUACGGUCCCCCUGAGAAGUUAUUAUU